GUGUUGCGUCUCGUCCAUUUCAUAUCGAUAGCGGGAGGUCUAAACACUGGCAUUCCGAAACACUCUCUUUGCCUUACUGGGUGCUACUAAAGGACAAUUGAAUCAAUUCAAAAUGAAGCUUUUGUACUCAGUGGUUUUAUUUGGACUUCUGUCUCUAGCUUUUGCUGACGGCAUCCCUCAUCCAAAGGAGCAUAGAAAAGGAGACCACGUAAAGGAAGAGGCGCAUCCUGGAGUUGACUCAAAUCUUCAUUUCAAAGAUGGUGAGCACGAUGCAGACUAUGAUCACAAAGCUUUCCUUGGAUCUGAAGAUGAGGCCGAUGAGUUCAAAGAGUUGGACCCCGACGAGGCCAAGAAGCGUCUGCUCGUCCUUGCCAAGCGCAUGGACACGGACAAGAGUGGCGAUGUAUCAAAGGACGAACUCCAGCACUGGAUCUCAAACUCAUUCAAAAGUUUAGAUGAGGCCGACGCCAAGAAGCAGUUUGACCGCCAAGACAAGGACAAGAACGGCAGCGUGACAUGGAGCGAGAUGCUGCAGGAGGUCUAUGGUUACACCCCCGAAGAAGUCGCACAACACGAGAAUGACUCCUCUGAUGAAAUGAAGAACUUUGUCCAGAUGACCAAGGAUGACAGGAAGAAAUUCGACCUGGCUGAUGAGAGUGGAGACGGAACCCUUGACUUCAAAGAAUUUGUUGCCUACCACAACCCCCAUAACUUCGCCCGUAUGGCACCCGUCGAGGUCGAGAAGACGAUGCGCGAUUAUGACAAGGACAAGGAUGGCAAGAUCUCAUACACUGAAUACCAACAGAAAGAUGAGAAACCAAAGAAAGGUGAAGAGGCAAAAGAGGAAGAUCAAGCCGAGAUGGAAAAACAAUUCAAAUCAUACGACAAAAAUAACGACGGCCAUCUCGAUGCUGACGAGGUUAAGGCAUGGGUCAUCCCUGCCAUGGAUGAGCUCUCUGUGGAGGAGGCGGCGCAUCUGUUUACGGAGGCCGACAAAGACAAGGACGGCAAGCUCACCAUGGACGAGAUCACAGACAGCCACGAUUUGUUCGUAGGAUCACAGGCAACUGAUUAUGGUGACGCCCUUCAGAGGAUGAAGGAGGAGUUAUAAAUGUGGACUUUGAUAGGCAAAGAGAAUGUAUUUGAAUGUCCUGCUGUGUGUGCAUCCUAGAAGCUGGUCCAAAUUAUGGCGAUUUUUGUUUUGCUUUUUCUAGCGUACCUUGAUGAUUUUGGAAGUUUGAACUGAAACUAAUAAUUUCUUUAAUUUUGGUUUUAGUUACAAAAACUUUUGUGUUUUCUAUCUAAAACUAGUAUCUAUGAUGUACCACAGACCUGUAGAUUGCAGACGAAGGUAGCAUAAUUUUUGUGCUAUGCUUCACAGCAGUGUAAUAUAUUUGUGCAUUUCCGUUUUUGUCGUAGUCAAUUAGAAAUUAUGGGUGUUUCCAUCCAAGAUUCGAUCCUGCCAACCUACUUCAUUUAGUUACAAUUUUUCGCAUGUCCGGACUUGCUUUUUGUUCAGAAGAUGAAAACAAAUGAAAUAAUCAUGAUUUUUUCAAGGAUAUGUUCAUUUUUUCAAGGAUAUAUUCAUUGUCUGCCCAGUGCACAUAAACUAAAGGGCAAUGGAAGAAUAAUGAUGCAUCAUAAACCCAUGUCACGAGCAGACGUACAGCAAUUUAUGAAUAAGUUGUUUACAAGUUCAUCCUGGCAUUUGGGACAUCUGGUUGAAGCUUCAUUUGCAGAGCAAAUUCAUGUUUGGUAAUUCUCUAGUUUAGCAUAAUUUUUUCUCAAAUCACUGGUAUAAUUUUGAGUGCUACUCCAUCUCAAUUAAGUCCCUAUGUUAAUUUCUUCUAAAAAUUUUGUGUUGAACUGAUUUCAGGCAAAACUGCUGAUAUGGUCGCUAAAAAUAUAGUUGUAGUUUUAUUAUUUAAUCAUAAUAGCCAUGAAUAGUUUGGGCCCUAGUAGGGACAAAUCCUUUAUUUAAUUCUAUAGUCUUCUCCAAUAGACGUUAUAUCUGCUUGAUAUUUUGUUUAAAACAGAUGUGAACAUUAUGUGCUAUAUAUGGUAAUGGCGUGAAAUUACUGCUGUUAACGGAUACAUAAUUGUCAUAGCUCAAGAAAGUCUUGUUUAAGUUAUGCAAUAUUAUGUCACACACAAGUAAUAAUAGGACAUGAAGGCCAUGACCAUCUAUGCAAGUAUCAAAAUUGAAAUCAUAAUUUUGUUUCAAUAGUGCAACAGAGGAGAAUUAUUGGUAUAAUCGAUAACAGUAGGGUGGAAUAAUACAUCUAUCCUUGUAACCGGGUACCAAGAUAGAAUCUCACAAUUUUAUGUCAACUUUUCACAGUGUCAUAACUUGAAUUUCUGAAAUAGUGCUUUUAAUGAAUUACCCUUGAAGGACAGUCUGUAUUCAAAAUCAUGGAAGUUUCCAAAACUUUUGUGAAACCAUGACAAUGCCUUCCCAUUCUCCAGAUGUUAAUUUGGAAUUUCAUUUUAUUGAAAACCUUGCCAUUUGUCCUGAAAGUGUUAAUUUCACAGUUUUCCUUCCAAAGUAAAUUUGGAAAAAGGCUGUAAAAAAACAAAAGCUUAUCUUGUCAUUAUCAUUCACAACGAAGAUAUCUAUGCAUAAUAAUGUCCAUUAGGCCUCGAAUUUAAUAGAGGUACCGCUUUUCAAAAUGCUGAUUUAUUUAAGUUACAAAAGAAAUUGGGGGAAUUGAGAAUAUUGUGAAAGAAAUCAUCCUCCCUUUGAAAUUCCUUAUUGGCUUGAUCUUCCCUAAGUUUUAAUUUGAAAGAUUUUAUAUCUUUCUAAACUUCAUUUUUAGUUAAAAGAGCAUCAAGCUAUCGCGAGAAAUCAUUCCUCCCUCCAGAAUUUCUUCUUUAGCUUCAUUUUUCCUUAGUUUUCCUUUGAAAAAUUUGACUAUCUUUUCAAAGUUAUUUUCAGUUGAAGGAAUAUAAAUCUUUCAGAGAAUUUCCUGAUCUUAUUUCUGCUGGUUUUAGGCCUCUCUACAAUAGUCUUAGUGCACUGUUACAAAUGAAUUUACAAUAAAUAAUUGUUAGAUUUCACAA